AUGGCUGCCGGCGACAAUGAUUCAGCAUCUGCAGCAGUAAUGCACCUACAAUUACAAAUUAAACAAGAAGAAACAACAAAAGCACAAGUAAUAGCAAACGCUAAGCUGGAAGAAGCAAAAAUAAAAGCAAACGCCAAAGUACAAAUAGCACAAAUAAAAGCACAUGCCAAAGUACAAACAGCACAAAUAAAAGCAGAGCUUGCAAUGAAAAAAGGAAAAAACACAGAUGAAAUCGAAGGAUCAACGCCAAUGAAUAUUCUAUAUGGACAAUCAUCAUCAAGCAAAAAAAGAUUGAACGCAGUAAUGCAUAAUCGUGGUUUUUACGAUAUUCAUGUACGUGAUAAUGCUCAACUGCUUGAUAUAAAAUCUUUAUUAAAUGAUAAUAAUAAGAUUAAUGAUGAUAUGAUGAAUGCUCUUGAAAAGUGUUUUGAUCCUUUGAAAUUAUGUGAUAAAAAAUUAGAAAGCUCAAUUCAAGGUGCAUUUGGUAGUUCACUUAAUAAUGUAUUUAAUGAACUUAGUGCUUUAACAUCAUUGAAAUAUUUAAACACAUCACAUUGUAAUUAUUUAGAAGAAAAAGCUCCUGAUUGUAGUUUUAUAUUGAAAAAUAUUAAUAUCGACAAGAAUAACCAACGGGCAAUUUUAAAAGAUUUUAUUGUUUGUCUUGGUGAAUUAAAGAGAUUUGAUGCAAAUAUUGUCAAGGAAGAUCCAAUUGGACAAAUAUCGCGUUAUCUAUAUUAUAUAUUAGAUGAACAAAAUCGUGAAAAAGUCUAUGGAUUUUUGACAAAUGCAGAACAAAUUAUACAGGUUGGUUGA